AACAAAAUGUUUAAGCCUAAGCACAUAUUGUCUUGGAAUUUGUGUACUGGUUCAAUUUGAUUAGAAAGAAUUAACAUACUUGGUAGAUAAUUACGCAUAUUGACACAUGGUGUGUACAAAUCUCAAUUUCAUUUAGUUCUAUAUACAACAUAAACAAUAUAGUUUUGUUUUCUCAACAAUAAAGUAACAUAUAUUUACUCAAAAAUAUACUCCCUCUGUCCCAUAAUAUAAGAGCGUUUUUGACACUAGCGUAAUGUCAAAAACGCUCUUAUAUUAUGAGACGGAGGGAGUACUUACCAACUAAAAAUCACCUGAAAUAUACAUAUGCACAAAUAUAGAAGAAAAUCCAACAAGAAAAAAAAUCAACUAAUCAACAAGAACAAAAACUGGAACCAGAAACAUUAGAAGCAGCGAGAAAACUAAAACAAAAAAAGUUCUAAGACAGAAUGAAUUAAGAACAUUUUAUAUUAACCUAAACAAAGAAAGAAAAUGAAGAAAUAAAAGUAAUUCGGUAAAUUACAAGAAAAAAAACUCAUUUUAAUUUCUUAACACAAAAUGAAAUAGUGUCACACCACUUCAACAUCAAAACACACGCAUAUGCAAAUAUAGGAGAACACCUGACAACCAAAAUAUCGAAUAGGCGAAAACAAUUAGAGCCAGAGACAUUAGCACAAGCAAGAACACGGAAACAUAAACUAAAACAGAUGUUAUUCUAAAAUAGAAUGAAUUAACGGCAUGAGUAUUACCCAAAAGAAGAAAUAAAUUGAGUAACGAAUUUUGAAGUAAACAAUGGUUAAAAUUACACAUAUAUUUCAUAGAACUUGCACUGGUUUGCAAUAUUCAACGCCAAUUAUAUAGUUGUGUAACCUUUAGACAACAACAUAAUAUUACGCAUAGAUUGCAUAGAAAUCGCAUUACAUAAUUUGCAUGUCCAUGUACAGUUAGUGUUCAAGCAAUAAAAUAAUAAAGUUGAAGAUUAAUCGUCGCUAGACACGUCGAAAAUAAAUUGCAUCUCAUGGCGGUGGUGUAAUAUCGCUGGAUGAACUACCGGUUGGCCUCGACGUAGGCCUCAUCCUGGAUGGACUCAAGGAUGACAGUAUGCUCCGCCAUCUCCAUCGCUUGGGCGGCCUCGUACUCCGCCCCCGCCUCCGCCAUGGCGAAGCCCGCAGCUGGCAGGGCCUCCUCCUCCUCCGGCACCUCCUCCUUCUCAACGGGUUUCCCCUCCUCCUCCUCUUCAUCCUUUGAUGGCUCCGGAGGAAGGCCGGCGGCGAAACGAGCAGCCCGCCUCGCCUAGAUCUACUCUAGCAGUUGCACCCUUCGCUCCGGAGUGAGCAUGGUGUAUGUGGUAAUUCGGCGUCUUGGCAUCGCAAGUGGCGGAUGAAAAUGAAAGUGCCAACGACAGUGAGGAGAAAGGAAAAGAAAUGGGUCGAUUUAGGGUUCUGAUGUCUUCGUCCAGCUUAAAUAGCCGGCUUCCUCCCUCACAACACGCUCGAGCGGUGCCACGCGACGCGGAUUGUUGGAGGCGCCCGUCGGACCAGCGGUCUCUCCGCAUCCCCACAUGUGUCCUAUCCGUCGGUGCUACAUGGCAGGCAUGCCCGGGCGCGUUCAGGGUGCAGGUCAAUCCGGACGUUUGGCCCGGCUAUGGGAGCCCGGUUGGGUGACCAAAACUCGUCUGGACACUGACUAGACAACCCUUCCGGACGUUUGAAGUGGGUACGGGGAUCCGGUUGUAGAUGCCCUAAUCCUACAAGGCCGUGAGGAAGAUAGCCCUUUUUUGGAGGGUUCGGGUUUGCCAAAAAGAACACACACAUGAUGUUAGAGAAGAAAAAAAAUAGAAACAAACAUGCAGAAGACACGCGUCGCACGGAAGAGGCGAGCCACGGUCCGCCGGCUGAAACGAACGUUUCCCAAAGUCGAAAACCCCAGGCGGAGGCGGAGGCGGAGGCGGAGGCUACAAAGUGUAGUCCUACUGGUCUGACUAAUGACUGAAUCCCAGCACGAGAGCUUCGCGGGUAUCUGAAACGGAACAACGGAACGCCACCGCGCCGGAGAUAUCCAGCCCCCGCCGAUCCAUGGCUCCCGCGGUGGCGCGGCUCCUCUUCCUCACCCUCGCCGUCGCCUCCUCCCUCGCCGUGGGCGCGGACGCCCUCCGGUCGCUGGGCGUCGGCGACGGGGCCACCGCGCAGGGGGACUACGCCGUGGAGCUCGACGCCACCACCUUCGACGCCUUCCUCACGGCAUCGCGGGAGUCCUUCGCCGUCGUCGAGUUCUUCGCCCACUGGUGUCCAGCUUGCAGAAACUACAAGCCUCAUUAUGAGAAGGUUGCGAAACUUUUCAAUGGUCCAGAUGCUGCACAUCCUGGGAGAAUACUAAUGGCUAGGAUUGAUUGUGCAUCAAAGCACAGGUGAACAUAGAUCUUUGCAAUAGAUUUUCUGUUGACCAUUAUCCUUUCCUACUUUGGGGCCCCCCACCAAAAUUUGCUAACACUAAGUGGGACCGGAAGCAAGAGAAAAG